AUGGCGAAAAAUACCACUGUCAUGGAAACAAUGCAUACCAGUACUGUUAUAAAACAAACGCCGCCGCUACAGAUAAAUAACCAGGGUGAAAAAGAACCUAGAUUCUCUUUCUCCUUGACAUCCUCCUUGACUCUGAUCGGCAUGCGCACGAAGCGGAAGAAGACAACGACGCUGGGGCAUGAGAGUCACUGGCAGAAGUAG